AUGGCGGCGGCGCCGAGCACAGUCACCCCGCUGGCGGCGGAGUCUUCCCCUCAGGAAGCUACCGUCUCUGCCGCCUCCUCCUCCUCCUACACCGCCUGCGCGGCGGCGGCGGCGGCGGCGGCAGUGAUUGUGCCUGCCUCCCCCGCCACCUCCAGCCCUGCCUGCCCGCCUGCCGGUGGCUGUGGCGACGGCGGCGGCGGCUGUAGCGACUCCACUAUGGCGGCGGCGGGGAGGGGGGGCAGUAGUUUUAAAGUAGACACCCGCCCUUGCCUCAGAGAAGAUACAACUUGGAAUAAACAGAAAAAGGCUGAACUUUUUACAGAUAAUUUUUGUAAUGUAUGCGGAGUGGUGCUGCAGUUUGAAUCACAAAGAAUUUCACAUUAUGAGAGUGAAAACCAUGUUCAAAAUGUUAGGUUUUAUUUUCAAAUGUAUGGGGAACAAAAUGAAGUGCCUGCUAAGAAAAUGAAGAUGCAUGUUAGGAAUUUUCAGGUGCAUAGGCAUGAAGCAAGGGACAGAAACAAAUUUUGUGAUCUCUGCAACAUGAUUUUUAGCUCCCCAGUUGUUGCUCAUUCUCACUAUUUGGGGAAAGUCCAUGCUAAAAAGCUGAAGCAAUUUAUGGAGGAGCACGAUCAGGUGUCUCCAUCAGGAUUUCAGCCAACGAUGGCAGGCGUGCCUAUUACUACUUCUGCGGAGUCAACUUUUCUGAAGCCCCAUGCUGUCAAGCCUCCUCCAGCAUUUAGUACAAGAACCUACGUUUGUCAUAUUUGUAAUAUCACCUUUACAUCUUUAGAAAUGUUUCGGUCUCAUAUGCAAGGAAGUGAGCAUCAAAUUAAAGAAUCCAUUGUUAUUAAUCUAGUGAAGAAUUCAAAGAAGAAACAAGACUUUUACCAAGAUGGAUGUGCAGAUUACAUCAGAGUGCAGAAAGCUAGAGGACCAGACCUUAAGACUUUCAGAAAGAUGGAGGAGAAUUCUUUGGAAACCCAUGCAUACAGAGAGGUAGUCAAUUGUAGACCCAGACAUAGAAUAUAUGAACAAAGACUUCCAUGUGAGUCUUUUCAGACACACCCAGGACCAUACAAUUUUUCACAAAUAGUAGAAAACCAGUUACCUCAUUACUUACCAGUUCAUUCAAAGAAGACAUAUGAUUCUUUCCAAGAUGAACUGGAAGAUUACAUCAAAGUACAGAAAGCCAGAGGACUAGACCCAAAGAUUUGUUUCAGAAAAAUAAGAGAGAAUUCUGUGGAAACACGUGGGAACAGAGAAGUUGAUUCUGGGUCCAGACAAAGAAUAUUUGAGCAAAGCUCUUCAUUUGAGACUUCCCAGUCUUACCAACAACCAUAUAAUAUUUUACCAGUGGACAACCAGUUACCUCAUUGGUUACCAGCUCAUUCAAAGAGGUCAAAUGACCCUUUCCAAGAUGAAUUGGAAGAUUAUAUCAAAGUACAGAAAGCCAGAGGACUAGACCCAAAGACUUGUUUCAGAAAGAUAAGUGAUAGCUCUGUGGAAAACCAUAAGUAUAGAGAAAUGGUUGAUUACAAACCCAGAAUGUGUGAGCAAAGAUUCCAAUCAUUUGAGACUUUCCAGAUGCACCCAGGAACAUACAAUAUUUCACAAGCAGUGAAAAACCAGUUACCUCAGUGCUUACCAGCUCAUGACAGCAAACAGAGACUAGAUUCUGUGACCUAUUGUCAAUUCACCAGAGACUAUUAUCCAGAUAAACCAGUACCCCUGAGCCUUAGUCAGCAAGAAAAUAACUCUAGCCCAAACAGUGUAGAAUCUGAAGUUUAUAAGCACUUCUCGUUAGAAAACAAUACCAAUCACCAUCAAGAAGGUCAUAAACACAGACAUCAGAAAAGAAGAAUGCACCUGGAGGAAGGCGAAGAAAGGCCAGAGAAGGAGCAGUCCAAGCAUAAGAGGAAAAGGAAUAAUGAGGAAACAGAUCUACACAAAGACAAGAGCAUCCGACAAAGGGAAAAAGAGGGAAAUAAAUGCAGUGUCAGUUCAGGAAAGCUGAAGCAUAGAAAAAAGAAAAAAAGCCAUGGUGUAAACUCUGAGAAGGAAGAACGUAAGCACAGGAAAGAGAAAAAGAAAUCUGUUGAAGAAAAGACAGAAGAAGAAAUGCUUUGGGAUGAGUCUAUUCUUGGAUGUUGACUUUUGGAUAAAUUAAAGAAAUAGGUUAAUAAUAUGGAUUUAGGGAAACAAGGAAGAAAACAGGAAGUGGAUACAGUGAGUGUCAGUUCAGAAAAGCUUGGUCUUUUGUGUACAAAUUGAAGUUGAAUCAAAAGAAGCAACAAACAAGCCUAAUAAACCUAUUCUCUGAGAGAGAGCAACAUAAGAGAAAGGGGAAUGUUUUGAAGAAAAGACUGAAAAGUCAAUACUUUAGGAUUAGUCUGAUCUGGGAAUUUGAACUUUUAGUUUCGAUUCCUUAAGGUUGAAACUAAAGAAAUCAGUUUAGAAAAUGUAUUUAGACAAAAAACUAGCAUGUGAUGGAGAAGAGGGCAAUACUUAAUGUCAGUUCAGGAAAGCUUUGUUUCGUGUGUAUAAAUUGAAAAUUAAUUGAAGAAACAAAGAAAACAUCUAGAUUCCGAGAAAGAACAACAUAAGAACAUAAGAGAAAAGGAAGCAUGUCAAACAAAAGGCAGAAGAGUCAGUGUUUUAGGAUUAGUCUGUUAUAAGAAUUUGAACUUAAUUUUGAUUCCUUAAGGUUGAAACUAAAGAUAUCAGUUUAGAAAAUGGAUUUUGACAAAGAGCACCCAGUGGAGAAAAGGAGAGGGGAAGACGCCCAGUGUCAGUUCAGGAAAGCUUAGUUUUUUGUGUGUACAAAUUGAAAUUGAAUUGAAAGAAGAAACAAACAAACCUAAACAUCUGAGAAAGACAACAUACUCAACAUAAGAGAAAAGGAAACCCGUUGAAGAAAGAUUGAAACACCAAUACUUAGGGAUGAGUCUGUUCUAGGUAUAUGAACUUUUGAUUUUAUUUCUUUAAGGUUGAAACUGAAGAAACAGAGUUUGGUUUCAUCAAUUUCAUGUUACUUGAAUUUUCCUAAAUGGACAGUUAUUUUAAGCUCUUAAAAAAGCCAAGUGAAGUAAAAGUAUUCAGUAUGCCUUUUCCUGAAAUUACUGUUCAUUUUCUUUAAAAAGAAAAAUUACAUGUUCCUUACACAUAAUGUAAUUUCCCUUAGUGAGAUUGUCUCUAUUUCUAUUCAUCAACUUUCUGUGAUAGUGAAUUAUUUACCCAUGGGAGAUAAUUUAUUUUAAAUGAAAAAAUUACCAGGCAUUGCAGAAUCCAUUCCUUGUUUGAAUGGGUUUGUGUUAAUGUUGAUGGUUAGUAUUUUAUUGUUAUGGUUGUCAUAUGUUUAUUUAUGUCUCUUGGUUUUCCCCAAGAAAAAUGUAUGAAACAAGUUAAACUGGUCUUUUUGUUGCUGUUAAAUCUAAUUUGCAGUGUAUUUUUGUAUUUUCUAGUUCUUAAAGUGGAAAAUGAAACUGUCUAUAAUAAGCUUAGAUGAUAUAUAGUUUUAAAAAGUUCUCAAAAAGUACUGAUACAAAACAAAAUCAGUCUAUAU